CAAAACCCCUCAGAGAGCGCGCGCGCGCCUCAGACCUCCACUCUCCUCCAUCAUGCUGGACACGCUCAUCUUCCUCCUGGAGAGGCUCUUCCUCCUCGCGCACAUCAAGCUCUCCAGCCUGCUGCCCCCCCAUGCCAAGGACAGCACGCGCUGCGAGCGCGAGGACCCCCCCGGGGGCGCGCAGAGGUUCCAGCGGGGGGACCUGCUGGAGGUCCCGCGGACCCUCUUCACCCACUUCGGCAUCUACCUGGGGGAGAACCGGGUGGCGCACCUGAUCCCGGACAUCCUUCCCGCGCUCACCGCCGACAGCCGCCAGAUCCAGGAGAUGGUGACCAACACGCGCCUGCUGCUCGGCGUGCUCUCCAAGCGCGCGAGCGUGCGCGUGGACUCCGUGGAGGACUUCGCGUACGGCGCGCGCAUCCUGCUGAACGCCAUGGACGGCGCCGUGCGCCGCGCCCCGCUGCCCGCGGAGGAGGUGGCGCGGCGCGCGGAGCGGCUGCUGGGCGGCGUGGCCUACAGCCUGCUGUGGAACAACUGCGAGCACUUUGUCACCUUCUGCCGCUACGGGAGCGCGCAGAGCCUGCAGACGGACCAGUUCUGCGCCUGGCUGAAGUCUCUGAUCCGGGACCGGAGAAACGUGGCGGUGACGGCGCUGCUGGGCCUGCUCUCCAUGGCGUGUUUGGGGGUGUCCUCCAGCACCGCCCUGCCCACCCUCCUGAUCCCCUUCACCCUGUGGAUGGCCAGCUAAGAGUGGGCUGAGGCUCCUCAGUCCACGAGGACCGGCAAACAUUUGGACCUCUGUAGGUUCCUGACGGAGAACUGACCAUCUUCUCCACAGACUGACGCUCCAUUUAUCCCACGACUGCUAACCGACGGACCAAAGAUCCAGGUCCAGGCUGGUCCAUCCGGGUCAGGGGUCUCCUUCAACCCACGCCAGAAAUCAUUUUGGUUUGUGUUUAGCCACACCUCCUUUUAGUCUGGGAAAUUUUGACGUGUUUUAUCCAGAAGUUAUAACAUUUCCUGUCCUAAGAACACAGAACAGUAUCCCCUAAACCCUAAGGUUCACCAGAAGGUCCAGUUCUUGGUCCAAUCCAGAGCUGUAAAGGUGACCCUGCUCCUGCUCUGGGUUCUCCAGGUUUGUGGAAGUCCUGAAAGUGACCAAUAAGGAGAGAGUGUUUCAGGGAGGAGGGGCUUAAGGAGUCAGGAGUUCAAACAAUCUUAUUCUGAAGGAACCUGGAGGAGCCAGAGGAAUUUCAAAAUAAGAUGCAGAAGAACAAGAAGUAAAGGAUCCUGUUGGAAGGGAUUUGUGUCCAAUUGUUCUACCUGAUCUGCAGAGGUUCUAAAUCCAUCACAGCGGAUCGGAUGAGGAGCAGAAUUCUCCUGAAGCUCCCGUCUGCGUGAAAAGAUGUGCCUUAUCUGCAGGAGAACCGUUGGUGUUUGAUGGAUGCUCCUGCAGGAGAACCGUUGGUGUUUGAUGGAUGCUCCUGCAGGAGAACAGUUGGUGUUUGUUGGAUGCUCCUGCAGGAGAACAGUUGGUGUUAGUUGGAUGCUCUUGGGGAACGGUUGGAGCUCCCGCAGUCUGACUCAUGCAUGUCCAUCAGACUUUUUUCAGUGUUUAUUUCAGAGCUGCUGCCUGGUGAAGCUCCUCUGUGAAUGUCUGUUUUUUUUGUGUGUGUACAGAACCCGUUUCCAUGGCGAAAUUCAGUUUUUAUGUAAAUAAAUAAACAGAAAUGUG